CCUCUGACGAGGAUCAGUUCGGCGCAGAGUUCGAGGCGUUGUAAAGAGUGUAGUUGCUCGGGCCCCAAUUUUUUUGUCUUUUCAUUUUGCAGUUUUGUUGAUGAGGUUGUUGUUGCUGUAUGUAUGUAUUGUAUUUUUGCUGUUUCGAUUUUUUUGGUUGGAGGAAACGCCAAGGGAUUUUAGGGGAUGGCAGCGGCGGCAGUGGUGCUGGUUUCUGCACGAGAGCGGUGGAGCCUUCUGGUGGUGCGUCGUUGUUGCAUUCAUUUGGUGGAUAUGAACGGUAGUCACGGACCUGGCAGGAAGGAAUUGGUGACGAGAUGCCCGUGCUUAGAAGUCCCGUCGCCCAACACAACAGUCGUACAGGUAGCUGUUCACUUGAUGUUUUGACCACGCACAUAAUCCAACAACAUCUCCUGUUUCCAUCACUAUUGAUCUCGAGGUCACAGGCGCACCAUUCAGCAGAGCUAGACCCAUAUCGUACCAGGAGGGAGUCAGUCGGCGCAGCCUUGCAUUUACACAAGACACGGCUCAGCAUCACUUGUCGAUCAGAUGCCUCGAAAUGCACGCAUCGCCAUCGCAACCAUGCGCGAACUCCUCCGUUGGCUGCGCCGCAAGUCUGACCAACCUGCACCCCAACCGAGUCCUGCGCCCCAACCAGACCCUGAACCCCGACAGAGUCCUGAACCCCAAUUGAGUCCUGAAGCUUUCCUUUGCGACGCUCUCAUAGCUGUACCAGCAGUUCUGAACUUACCAGCACCGCAAUGCCCCAUCUGCCAUGGCAAGUUGGAAAAACCCGUCCUACUUCAGUGCGCGGCCGGCCAUAUGUUCUGCAAACCAUGCAUCACGAACUGGUUCAUACAAGGUUACAACACUUGCCCGAGGGACCAGGAGGAGUUGUUCAACACCGAAAGCAGGACGAUUUUCCAGCAAAGCGCAUCUUUGACCUUUUACAAAGACCUCCUAAAUAUGUACGAGCCGUUCCACUUGACGACCUGGGACAUGCUUGAAAUCGGAGUGAGCGAACAGAUUGCCAAGAGCUUCGACACUUUUCGGCAGAAAAUCUUGAAUGCGGGUGAGCACAGUGUGCGGUACGACUGGUACAUGGAGCACCACGUUGCUAUCCAACGGCGACUGGAUUUACUGCUCUCGCGAUUCUAG